AGUUUUAUUUAAUUAUAAUAGCAGCACGGUUAAAUUCACUAUAGGCCUAUAAUCUAUGUAUGUGCACUAAUCCUAGCAUGUGAUAUACUUUAGAAUUAUCACAUCACUCACUGUGUCUUCUACUUCUACCAUUGUACCUUGAUAAAUGACCCCUCUUUAUUACCUGUGGUUCUCUAGGGACCUUAACUGUCAGGCUGACUGAUUUAUGUAUUAAGAACACGGCCCUACUAUGCUGGAACAUUCUAUCUCAUAAAUGUCAUUCAGGAGCAGUAUGUGUGUUGUGAGAAGUAGAAUAUAAUUUUUUUAAGAACUAUGAAGAGGAAAUUUUUUAUUUUUUUUAUUUCAGGAAAUUUUGUUUUGUAAGUUCAACUCUGUAAAUAAAGAGAAAUGAAUUGUAGAUUUCCAAGGCCUGAUGCAAGUUGUAGAUUGUUUUGUUUUCCUUGGGCUGGUGGAGGCGCUAGCUUCUACACAGCUUGGGGGGAAGAUAUAACAGAAGAUGUUGAAGUAAUUGGUGUAUGUUUGGCUGGAAGAGAAAACAGAUUCAACGAGCCUUGCUGUGAUAAUGCUAAAGAAACAAUAGACUGGAUUGUAAAGACAUUACACGAUGAAUAUUUCGAUAAACCAUUUGCUUUUUAUGGUCACAGCAUGGGUGCGUUGUUAUCUUUUUUGGUAGCUUUGGAAAUCAAACGGUUGUACAAUAAGGAACCAGAACAUAUGUUUUUAUCAGGGACCACAGCACCUCAUUCACCUCACAGACAAGCACGCAUUUUAAAUGUCAACAAACUAACUAAAGACGAGUUUUUAGAAAAGUUAAAAGUAUUAGGAGGGAUUCCAGCAGAGAUUUAUGAUAAUCCAGAGCUAAUGGAGAUAUUUUACCCCUCUAUGUAUGCAGAUUUCUGUAUGGUCCCUCAACUCAAAUACGAACAAAGCCCAGAAGACAAACCUCCUUUGAAUUGCCCUAUUGACUUUUUUGAUGGAACGGAAGAUACUGAUCACGAUAUCGCAGCUUGGAAACAAGUCACUAAAGGCAGCUUCACAUUUCGUAAAAUGCCAGGCGGCCAUUUUUUUCUAAAAGAACCAGAGAACACUAGGAAACUGAUCAACUAUGUGAACCAGAGGUUUGGGGGGUUUGAGGACAUUUGCUAAAAACAGAAAAAAACACAAAGACGAU